AUGACCGAAGAAAAACCAAUAGAUCGUUCUCAACUUAAAUGUUUUCGCGAUCUUGAAACACUAACUGGUAGACCACUUAAUCCUAAUAGGCGACCAAGGACCGCUCGCUUUCCUAAAAUUCCAGCGAGAGAUAAUGCACGUUAUUUUAAUGCUUAUCCUACAAUUACCCCCGUACAAAACCAUGCACCUAUCCCUAGAACAAAGAUAUCACGAACAUAUCAAAUUUCUAGAAAAUCAGCAUUAAAAAUUAAAGGAUACCGUCAUGAGUUUCAAUUGAUCUUCAACGGCAAUCAAAUGUAUCAUGCAAAGAUCAAACCGUACCAAGAUUCACACGUAAUUGGAAUUUCAGAAGGUUCUGAAUCUCAUAUUAAAAGCGACCAUUUUGAAGCCGUUCUUCUACAUGCAAAUUCAUUUUGCGAUUUCUCUUUGAGGAAGGAGAAUCAAUUUGGUGACGAACUCAUGACUCUUACUUUCAGAAAAGAUCCAAAAGUCAAAAUUCACCCCAGAGUAUUAACGGUAUUCUUUAACAAGCGACCACCUUCAGUACCUGAGAGAUUGGAGACAGUAGAUCCAAUUGCUACUGAUGAUUUUAGAUGGGAGGUCGAAUUAAAUUCAGACAGCGUUGUGGCAUCCAUCAAAAAUUGUAGAUUAGAGGAUAGCGAACAUAGCUAUUACAUAAUUAUUAGGAAAGUCGAAGAUGAUCUGUUGGAAGUUGAGACAACCCUUAAUGUUACAGCACUUCACGCUUUUGCUUUAGGAAUAGGAUCGUUUUUGUGCAAAAUGUGA